GGUGUUGUUAUUUUUUAUUCUCUCCAUCCCUUUCCUCUGCCUUCACUUGAGCCUCUCCCAGAUCACUUUAUUUUUCACUCCUUUCCCACUUCCCGAUUCCUCUCUAAAGAAAAGAAAAGAAAAAAUUCCCCCUUCUUUUCCCUUAUUUCAGACAAAAGAAAAAAAAAUCUGGUUCUUUUCUUUUUUUGAAAAAAAAAAAUCUGUCUCAAUAUUUCUUAUUUGUUGUUAAAAAAAUUGUUAAUUCGGCAAUUGUUUUGUGAUCAUCUCUGUUUGAAUUAUUUCCAAUUGCUUUACUUCUCUUCUGUUUUUCAAACUUAAAAAAGAGUUCAAAAAAAAUGGUUGAUGUUGCCGGGAAUGUUGGGGGUGCGGUGAGUCCUGUCCUUCAAGUUGGUCAGUGGUUGGCUGCUCCAAUCUGCCGUCAAUUUAAGUACUUGUUCAACUACAAAAGCAACUUUGACAAACUUCAAGAACAAGUUGAUAAGUUGAAGAAGACAAGAGACCGAGUUCAGUGCAAGGUUACUGCAGCUAAAAGAAACAGGGAAGAGAUCGAACAAUAGGUUAAGGACCGGCAGAAGGAUGUGGAGAAGACCAUUACCGAAGCAGAGCAGUUGAUUCAAGAGAUGUGUAAGAGAUGUGCAAGAGACCAUUACCGUAUGGUUACUGAAGCUGAAAGAAAUGUGCAAGAGAACGAACAAGAGCUUAAGGAUUUGCAUGUGGAUAAGACCAUUACUGAAGCAGAGCCGUUGAGUCAAGAGAAAGCAAACAACCGGAGAUGUUUCAAGGGAUUUUGCCCCAACUUCAUCUUUCACUACAAGCAAAGCAAGAAAGCUUUCAAAUUAAAGCAGGAUGUUAUUGAUCCACUCCUCCAGCAAGAAAAGGAGUUGGAUCCAGUUUCCAAUUCUACUAAUCCACCGAAGAUCUGGCUUAGAUCUAGUGAAGAUUAUUUGGCUUUUGAAUCAAGAAACUCCACAAUAAAGAAUGUUUGGGAUGCUUAAAAUGAUAACAAUGUCUUCAUGAUUGGUGUUUACGGGAUGGGUGGUCUUGGGAAGACUACUCUUGUGCAAGAAGCCGGUAGGAAAGCCAAGGAGGAAAAGCUCUUUGAGGACAUUGUCUUUGUUGAGAUAUCUGAAUCUCCUAAUAUAGAGAAGAUUCAAACAACAGUUGCAGACAACUUGGGUCUGGAAUUUAAAAACAACAGUGACAGAGCAGAUGAGCUAUAUUCAAGAAUGAAUGGCAAGAAUAUUCUUUUAAUUCUAGAUAAUAUUUGGGAACCUCUAGAAUUUGAAAAGAUGAUAGGAAUUCCUUGCGGAGCUGAUCGUGGAAGAAAUAAACUUUUGUUCACAACAAGAAACAAAGAUGUGUUGGAGAAAAUGGGUUCUGCAAAUAAUUAUAGGAUGGACACUUUAAAUGAAGAAGAAGCUUGGACCCUAUUUAAAAAAAUGGCAGGUAAUGUUAUUCAAACAUGUGGAUUGAAUUCUUUACCAAAUGAUAUAUGUAAGGAAUGUGGAGGCUUGCCGAUUGUCAUUUGUACUAUAGCCAAAGCAUUAAAGAACAAGAGACAAAAAUUUCAGUGGGAAGAUGCCUUGAGAGUGCUGCACACACCUGCCACAGCAAAGUUCACCAGACUUUUGGAUAAGGAAUAUACAAAGAUUAAGUUGAGUUACGAUUACUUAGAAGAUGAGGAGCUCAAGAAAACUUUCAUAAUUUCUAGUCUAAGUCUAAUGGAAAAUGAUACUUCCAUUUUAGACUUAUUGAAAAAUAUCAUGACCUUGGGGAUACUUGAAGGAGUCAACCUAACCAUAGUGGAAGCAUUAAAUAAACUAGAGGUCGUGGUGAACGAACUCAAAGACCGUUGUUUAUUACUUGAUGGUAGAAGUAAAGGAAGUUUUUCUAUGCAUGAUGUUGUUCGUGUUGUUGCUAUAACAUGUGCAUAUAUAGACUACCAUGUUUAUACAGAGAAAAAUGACGUUGAAAGGGAAUAGAAGGAUAAAGAUAAGCUUGGAAAAUGCACAAUAAUCUCAUUAGCUGGUAAUGAUAUUAUUACUCAACUUUGGUCUGAAGGAUUAAAUUGUCCAAAACUUGAAUUUUUUCAGGCAAGUCAGAUGGGUUCUUCUUUCCAAAUCCCUGAGGGCUUUCUCAUCAUGAUGCCCAAGCUCAGAGUAUUAAAUUUAUUUAAAAUACAACAGUCAUUGUUAUCAUUGUCAAUUGACCAUUUGACUAGCCUUCAAACAUUGUGUUUAAAUGGUAGCAAAAUUGAAGAUGUUGCUAUUAUUGGAACACUUAAGAAGCUAAAGGUCCUUAGCUUGUGAAAUACUUUGAUUAAGGAAUUUCAUACAGAAAUGGGUCAAUUGACACAAUUAGAGGUAUUAGAUUUGAGCUAUUGUUGGGAGUUGAAAGUUAUUGCUCCAAAUGUGAUAUCCCAAUUAUCCCAAUUGGAAGCAUUUUAUAUAAAGUCAUGUUUUGUUAAGUGGAAGCAUGAAGUACUUGAGGAAUUGAAGUUCUUGUCCAAGCUCACCAUUUUAGAAUUGGAUAUUGAAGAUAUCAAUGUGUUGCCUAUAGAUUUUUUUUCUAAAGAGCUUAAAAGGUACAACAUAUCAAUUGGCCAAUGGUGGUGGUUUCAUUUUGGAAAUGACCAACUUGAGUGUUUGAGGAUAUUACAAUUUAAAUUUAAUUUUACCAUCUACUUAGAAAAAUUAUAUGAAAUCAAGAAUGUUGAAGCUUUGCUGUUGCAUGAUUCUUCAAAUGAAGAGAAUGAUUAUGAGGCUGCAAAAAUUAUUUCACAAUCCAAUGAAACAGAACCACUUUUUAACAAAAAGGUUAACUUUGAUUUGGAGAAAUUGACAUUAAGUGGAAGAGAUAUCAUGUCAAUUUGGCAAGGAGAGUUUGAAGAGAACUUUGACAAAGUAGAAACUCUUGAAUUGAUCAAGGAUGAACAUGCAUAUAUUCCAAUUUAUAUCCUUACAAAAUUUAUCAAUCUUAAAGAACUUGAAUUGAAAGUGAGUUCAUACGAAGAGGUAUUCUCAUAUGGAGAAGGUGAGGAACAUGUUGGAGCACUUGCACAAUUAAGUGUUUUACAAUUGCAUGGACUUUUUAAUUUAAAGUGUAUUUGGAAACAAGACUUUCAAUUCAAAUCAAUUCUUCAAAAUCUUCAUGAAUUGAUGGUAGCAUCUUGUCACAAUUUGAUGACUCUACUACCGUGUUCAUCAUCAUUCGAAAAUCUAACGACUUUGACAGUGACCUGCUGCAAUGGAUUGCAAAACUUAAUUGCAUCCUCAACAGCCAAAAGUCUAGUAUCUUUAGAAGAGUUGGAAAUAGAAGAGUGUGCAAUGAUGAUAGAAGUAUUAGCAAAUGUAGGAGACAAAGAGGAAGAUGAAAUUGUUUUUGAGAAACUUAAGGAGUUGACCUUGGUAGAAUUAAAAAGUCUUACAUGCUUCUAUUCUGGGAAAUGUGCCUUAAAUUUUCCAAUUUUGAAAUCAUUAAAUGUGUUUAAGUGCUUUAAGAUGAAGACUUUUUCUAGAGAAAUAUUAAAAAUGCCACGGUUACAAAAAGUGAACAAGAAAGUUUGUAUAAAAGACCCUGAUUCAGUCAUACAACAAUUACAAAAUGAUUGUUCAGAGUUCUGUGAUAGAAUGGCAAAAGAAUUUGAAGAAGAAGAAGAAGAAGUAGAAGCAGAAGCAGAAGAAGAAGAAGAAGUAGAAGAAGAAGAAGAAGAAGAAGAAGAAGAAGAAGAAAGUAGAAUAAUGCGAAGCGUAGAGGAUGCCGAAUGGCCCCUACUUCGGUCUUUCCCAUCCUCGAACUCUCAAAUAUGUGAUGAAGAAGCAAGUGGAAUGAAUGAUUUGGACAUAAACCAAGUGUCGUCAGGAGAAGAAGAGGACUGGAACUUGACGGCGAGCAUGGAAGAUGAAGAAGAAAGCAACAAUGUUUGAAGGGUUGUCAAAUGAUCAACUGAUGAUAGCAACAACAGUUGAAGUUUGUCAAAGAAAGUUUCAGGCAAAACCAUACAUUAAACCCCGUCAUAACUUCACCCUUUCUCUCUUUUUUCUUUCUUUCUUUAACUCAUAACACAAUCUCUUUAAAAUAAAUGUUCUAAUUUCCUAAUUUACUCAGUUUUGCUCCUGUUAUCUUCAGCUAUUUUACGUCUCUAUUUGUGUGCUAUCUUAGUUUGAUUUCCUAAUGUAUUCUGUUUUGCCUCUGUUUUCUUCGCAGGUAAUAGGGAAAAAGUUUCCUACUGGUUUGAUGAGUUUGUUCCCCAGAAAACAUCAGCUUAUAUAAUCCAAGAAGAUCUGCAUAUUGUAAAAAUGACUGAGGGAAACACUUGAAUUUUGUGCCCAAUGUCUUGUUGUUGGAAACCAAAUAUAAUGAUGGAACUCAGUGAAAGAGAGGAGGCAGGAAUUGUUCCGGAUCCAGAUGUAGAUACUUACAUGAAGGAGAGGUGGUUAGUCCCACAAAAGUGUUAUUUAUGGAUGCAAUAUCAAAUGGUUUAGACAGUUCAACUGCAUAUCAGAUUGUUCUUUGGCCAUAGCAGCAGAAGGAAAGGUUUUGUAUCAAGAACAACACAAUAAAUUUGUGGAAUUUUUCAAGGACUGUGGAUUCAGGUGUCCUCAAAGAAAAGGUGUAACUAACUUUCUUCAGAAGAAAAGAUUGAGAACAAUACUGGUACUGCACUGAUUCUAUGUGGCGCUGAAAAAAGUUGUUCCUUCAAUGUUAUGCUAUAACAGCUAUUCGAGUUCAAUGCUACUCAAGUUUGUUCGAUGUUCACCCAGUCGAAUUCAAAUGCUGCCCCCUGAUAAUCUUGUGCGAUUAUUUUGCAAGAAAAGUUGGCCAAUAUUCAAGGAAGUCAAAAUUACAAUGAUGGUAAACUUGUGGAAGAGAAGUCUAAGAAUUUCCCUUUCAAAAGACGGGAUGGUCUCACCUUUUAAACCCUAAUCAGCAGCAAUUCACAAUAUGAACUAUUAUGUUGAAUUCCCUGUGGAGAAGAAGAAACUCCCAACUGUUCUCUGAUAUAUCUAUUGGAGUAAGGUUUGGUGUGCUUAUGGCAUCGAUGGGUGUUAGUGAAGCUGGAAAAUCCACUCUUCUAGGUUUUGGCCAAACGAUGUUGCAUCAAUGACAAACCCGUAGUUCUUUCUCUAAUCUCUUAUGAAUCAAUGAGUAAGGGUUUGUUAGUACUGAAAGCUUUGAGCUCAUUCUCCUGGAAAACUGAACUGAGGUCAUCCAAUUGUCAUGAAUUGACCAAUCUAUGUUUGUUUUUCAGUUGCUUUAAGGUCGCAGUAUUCCAGGUAAAAUAUUAUUGACCAGAAGGGCAGAUCCUAUAGAGGCCCCAAGCUUACAUUCCCCAAGUUUUGGACGCAGCCUUUCUCAGAAUGAUGUUGGGACAAGUGAUAACAUGCAUGAUUCCAUAAGUGGAAGAUCAAGAUACAUCCAAGCCAAAUAAUAGAGAGUUUGAGAGUUAGCUUGGAGUGGUGUACCACCAUUCAUGCGCCCUCCUGAAUGGAGGCUUCUUUUGGGAUAUGCACCGCCAAAUUCAGAAAGAAGGGAGGGAGUCAAGGAAGCGUAGUGAGUAUCUUGACUGUGUUGCUCAGUUUUAUGACAUUCCAGAUACUGAACGUUCAGAUGAUGAAAUUAACAUGCUUUGCCAGGCCUCCAAUAAUGCACAUAUACAAAAGGAAAAGCAAAGGAAUUAAACACAGGAAGCAGAAAUCAGGGCAGAUAAUGGAAGCUGAAAUCAAGGCUUGCCCUAAUCAGCAGCUGGAUUCAAGGCCAUAGAACAAGACCAAGAUCAAUAUAUUAAAGCCAAAACAGACUAUAAAAAGAGAAGAUCGGACGAAGAAGAGGCAAGCAAGAAUUCAAUAAUUCUUUAAAGGGGAUUUACAGCAAAAAGAGGGAGGGGGUUGCCACCUCUGCUUUCAAUAUAUUUUUUAUAGUUCUUAUUACUAUUUUUUUUUUAAGAGAAUAAACACUUGUAGUGUGAAGUAUCAUAGAUAAGGUUCAUUGUGCUUGUGUAUUUACACUUCAUAGUUCUCUAUUUGAUUGUAAAUUCUGUAAUUUUCUAUUAAAGUGGUGUCAGAGCCACACUAGGAGCUAGGUUAUGGUGAACACUCGAAUGAAUUCUAGGCUAUAUCAAGCGGCAAAAGAUUUGUCAAGAAGGGGGCAUGGUCUGGAUGUUGAAAUUCAAUUAUCAAAAGAGUGUUUUAGUGAGAUGAAAGACCACUGGUCUAUCAAAUUGCUCUCGGCAUAACUGUAAUGCCUGUCUAUUUAUGUACUCAAACCAGCAUUCUAUUUAUUUGGGUUGUUCCACUGAAAAGAUGUUUAAUUUACACCUGCACUUCUCUUCCC